AUGCAAGUAGAUGGACAAGUGCAGUAUGGACAGCAGCAGUUUAAAUGUAGUGUUUCGUGCUCUACUGAUGACCCAGGUUUCUCUUCGGUGAUUCACGAGAAGCUCCAGGUUCCCAAUACCAUUCGGAAGGCGUGGAACGAGAAGGACAACAGAUGUGAUGUUUGUGCCACACACCUGAACCAGCUGAAGCAAGAGGCCAUUCAGAUGGUGCUGACUUUGGAGCAAGCUGCCAACUCAGAACACUACGAUGCCUCGCCAGGCUCUCCCCCACCUCUGUCCAACGUGCCCACGCUGGUGAGCCCCCGGCACAUGGGCAGCCUGCAGCCCAGGGACUGGGCCUACGUGCCUGCUUCUUACGCUCCAUCCAACUACACAGGCUUUGUUGCCAACAAACACGGUGGAAAACCCAACAGUCUAGGAAUUGGAAACGGGGUGGAGAAAAAAAAUGGCUCUCCUGGACACCAAGCCAAGGUCAGCUUUCAAAUGGCCACCAGCCCCAGCAAUGGUAAUGUUCUCAACUCGGUGGCCAUCCAGGCCCACCAGUACCUUGAUGGCACCUGGUCUUUGUCAAGAACGAAUGGAGUCACUCUCUACCCCUACCAAAUAUCUCAGCUUAUGACAGAGGGUGGUCGAGAGGGCCUGACUGAAGCAGCCCUGAACCGCUACAAUGCAGACAAGCCCUCCCUGUACAACUUCCCUGCUUCCCAGAGCACAUCUGUUGCCAGUGAAGUAUCCACAGGCACCUCGGUGGCAGCAUCGUUUUUUGCCAGAGCUGCUCAGAAAUUGAACCUGUCUUCCAAAAAGAAGAAGCACAGGCCUUCUGCAUCAUCUGUUCCUGAAUCUCCUCUCUUCUCUACCUGCUUCAGCAGUAUCCUUCAGACUUCCCCACCCCCUGCACCACCAUGUUUGUUGAGGGCAGUCAGCAAAGUGAAAGACACUCCUGGUUUGGGCAAGGUCAAAGUCAUGGUGCGCAUUUCUUCCACGCUUGCCAGAGACACGUCUGAGUCCAGCUCUUUCCUAAAAGUUGACCCCCGCAAGAAGCAGAUCACGCUGUAUGACCCGCUGGCCUGCGGAGGUCAGAAUGCUUUCCAGAAAAGGGGCAGCCAGGUUCCACCCAAGAUGUUUGCUUUUGAUGCAGUUUUCCCUCAGGAUGCAUCACAGGCCGAAGUAUGUGCUGGGACUGUGGCUGAGGUGAUCCAGUCUGUGGUCAAUGGGGCAGAUGGCUGCGUGUUCUGCUUUGGCCAUGCCAAGCUUGGGAAGUCAUACACCAUGAUUGGGAAGGAUGAUUCCAUGCAGAACCUUGGAAUAAUUCCUUGUGCCAUCUCGUGGCUAUUCAAGUUGAUUAAUGAACGCAAAGAGAAGACAGGAGCGCGCUUCUCGGUCCGGAUAUCUGCAGUGGAAGUGUGGGGGAAAGAAGAAAAUCUGAGGGACCUGUUGUCAGAAGUGGCUACAGGCAGCCUGCAAGAUGGCCAGUCCCCAGGUGUCUACCUUUGUGAAGAUCCCAUUUGUGGCAUGCAGCUUCAGAACCAGAGCGAGCUGCGUGCCCCCACGGCAGAGAAGGCCGCCUUCUUCCUGGACGCCGCCAUCGCCUCCCGGCGCAGCAGCCAGCGGGACUGCGACGAGGAGGAUCACCGCAACUCCCACAUGCUCUUCACGCUGCACAUCUACCAGUACCGCAUGGAGAAGAGCGGCAAGGGCGGAAUGUCUGGAGGUCGCAGCCGCUUGCACCUUAUUGACCUGGGCAGCUGUGUGAAAGUGCUCAGCAAGAACCGCGAGGGGAGCUCCGGCCUCUGCCUCUCCUUGCCCGCGCUGGGCAAUGUCAUCCUCGCCCUUGUCAAUGGCAGCAAACACAUCCCAUACAAAGACAGCAAGCUGACCAUGUUGCUCCGAGAGUCCUUGGGGAACAUGAAUUGCCGCACCACGAUGAUCGCUCACAUUUCAGCCGCCGCGGGCAACUACGCGGAGACGCUCUCCACCAUCCAGAUCGCCUCAAGGGUCCUCAGGAUGAAGAAAAAGAAAACUAAGUACACAUCAAGUUCUUCUGGAGGAGAGAGCUCUUGUGAGGAGGGACGGAUGCGGAGGCCAACCCAGCUGAGACCUUUCCAUUCUAGAAACACUGUGGACCCAGACUUCCCUAUUUUGCAUUUAUCAAGUGAUCCUGAUUAUUCAUCCAGCAGUGAGCAGUCGUGUGACACGGUGAUUUACGUUGGCCCCAAUGGCACUGCCCUCUCUGACAAGGAACUGACAGAUAACGAGGGUCCCCCUGACUUUGUUCCCAUAGUUCCUGCUCUGCAAAAGACCAAAAAUGAGGGCAGGUUGGAGGAAGUUAGUGAAUCAGGGCCCAGCGCAUCUGAAAGAGACUGCCUGAAGUGCAACACCUUUGCAGAGCUCCAGGAGAGACUGGAUUGCAUUGAUGGCAGUGAAGAGACUGACAAAUUUCCCUUUGAAGAGAUGCCUGCUCAAUUUAGUUCAGACCAGAUGUCUAAGUGUGCUGUCUCAAGCCAGCUGGCAGAGCUUAGCCACUUACCAGAGUCAGAUAAGGAAGAUACGAUGCCAGAAUGUCAGCAUCCUGAUAGAGAAGCCAAGGAAAAUACAAACACAACACCCAGCAAAACUAGAAGAAAUCACUCCCCUGUUCCUUCUGGAGCUCUUACCAAUCUUUCAACUCCUUCUUCUCCCAGGAGUGUAACGGGCAGCUCUAGUAAAGAGCUUAACUCUUGUCAGUUAGCACACAGCACCAGCUUGCAGAGCAGCAGAGAAGGGCUCAACACCUCUGGAUUUGUGGAAGGCAAACCUCGGCCAAUGGGUUCCCCCCGGCUUGGCAUUGCAAGCCUCUCAAAGACAUCUGAGUAUAAGCCACCAACUUCUCCUUCCCAGAGGUGCAAGGUCUACACACAGAAAGGAGUCCUGCCCAGCUCCACUCCCCCACCAGCUCCCCUGAGUAAGGAUGCCACCAUGACAUCUACUGAAUCUUUAUUACAGCCAGAAAUCCGGACCCCACCUGUAGGUAUGAGCCCUCAGAUUAUGAAAAAGUCAGUGUCGUCCAACAAUGGGGAUUUUGAAGAGACCGUUCUCAAUGAAGAUGGGCAACAAAGCAUUUCUCCAGAAUCCAAGAAAGAGAUUCUGAGCACAACCAUGGUGACUGUGCAGCAGCCAUUGGAGCUGAACGGAGAGGAUGAGCUUGUGUUCACCCUUGUGGAAGAGCUGACCAUUAGUGGUGUCCUUGACAAUGGGCGCCCAACCAGUAUCAUCAGUUUUAACAGUGACUGCUCCGUGCAGGCUUUGGCCUCUGGCUCUAGGCCAGUCAGUAUUAUCAGCAGUAUCUCUGAAGAUCUUGAGUGUUACUCCAGUGCAGCUCCUGUGUCUGAAGUCAGCAUCACACAGUUCCUUCCACUUCCAAAGCUGAGUCUGGAUGACAAACCCCAAGACGAUGGCAGCAGGCGCUCAUCCAUCAGCUCGUGGCUGAGCGAAAUGAGCACGGGCAGUGACGGUGAACAGUCGUGCCACAGCUUCAUAGCCCAGGCGUGCUAUGGGCACGGGGAAGCUAUGGCAGAGCCCCCUGUCUCUGAGUUUGCAAGCACCAUACAAAGUGCCAGCAUGAUUUGUGUAAGUGACAAACAGAAGUCAGUGACUGACAACAUGCUUAUAAUGUCAGAAAUGGGGGAGGAAGCUUUCGGCAAAGUGCCACCCAUCAAAGGCUGUAAAAUAUCAGCUCUAGGCAAAACUACUGUCACAAUCAAAAACACAGCAAGUCUCAGCAGCUGUGAGGGCUACAUCCCAAUGAAGACGAACAUUACCGUGUAUCCAUGUAUUGCUGUUAAUUCCUUCAAAGCUCAAGACACUGAUGAUGCUGUACCAGCUGUGACAGCAGACCCAAAGGCUGUUCAUCCCCAUGAUGGGAAAGAAUCCAUUGCUAAAAAGGUUAUAAAAUUUGAAGACCCUUGGUUGAAGAGAGAAGAAGAUGUUAAAAAGGACAGCUCUGGGAGCAGUGAUGGGCCAAGGCCUGAUACAGUCAUGGUUUCAGCCAAGCCUGAGCACAGCACAAAACAGUCCUCCAUGGACAGGUUUAGCACUAGCAGUGGGGACACCUCUACUUCCCCAGGAUCUGACAGUCUAAAAAGGGUUGUGGAUGGAUGUGAGGUGGCAGCAUCCAGCUCUGCAACCCAAAGCCCUGUUCAUUCCAGUGAUGGCUUGAAGAAUUGUAGCCUCCCUCGAGGGCUCCCAAAGGCAAGCAAGGUGGAGGAAUCUGAUAGUCAUCUCCAUCCCACUUUUACUGACAGCAGUGGAGUCAAUUCUCCUGCCCUUCCCCAGUUUUCUAGGGCUAGUCUUGACAAGAAAAUGGCCUCUCCCAAACACUGCAUACUCACUCGUCCCAAAGGGACCCCUCCUCUACCACCUGUGAGAAAGUCAAGCUUGGAUCAGAAGAAUAGAGCCAGCCCCCAGCACAGUGCAGCCAACAGCACCACGAGCAGUCCCUCCAGCCAGCCUGUGUCCUUCCUGGCCAGCUUCCCCGAGGAGCAGAAUGCCAAACUAAAAGGCCCUGGCAUAGACAGCAGCAUCAACAACAGCAGCAGCAAGCUCUUCAGUGCCAAACUGGAGCAGCUUGCCAGCAGGACCAACUCCCUAGGGAGGUCCACAGGAAGCCACUAUGAGUGUUUGUCGCUGGAAAGAGCAGAAAGUCUGUCCUCUGUGAGCUCCAAAAUGAGCCCUGGCAGAGACACCACCAUGCCUAGGGCUGGAAGGAGCCUCAGCCGCAGUGCCAUGUCCUCACCCACCAACUCGGGCCUCUCCCAGUCGGCAGGUGCUUCCCCAAAAGCCAGCCAGUCCAAGAUCUCUGCUGUCAGCAAGCUCCUGCUGGCAAGUCCCAAGGCCCGCAGCCUCUCUGCCUCUGCCACCAAAACACUCAGCUUCUCCACCAAGUCUCUGCCUCAGUCCAUGGGGCAGAGCUCCAGUUUGCCCCCAAGUGGGAAGAACAUGUCCUGGUCAAUGCAGUCCCUCAGCAGAAGCCGGGGCUCCAGCCUUGCUUCCAAAUUGCCCCUUCGAGCUGUCAAUGGGCGGAUUUCAGAGCUGCUCCAAGGGAGCACCAGUGCCAGAGGCGUUCAGCUGCCGGGAAGCCUGGAGACAGAGGAGCGUGGGGGCCUUCCUGGAGAUGAGAAGCCAGCUGUUCACAUGCUGCCUUCCCCCUACAGCAAGAUCACCCCUCCUCGGAAGCCGCACCGCUGCAGCAGUGGCCACGGCAGCGACAACAGCAGCGUCCUGAGCGGGGAGCUGCCCCCUGCCAUGGGGAAAACAGCCCUCUUCUACCACAGUGGGGGCAGCAGUGGCUACGAGAGCAUGAUGAGGGACAGCGAGGCGACGGGCAGCGCCUCCUCAGCACAGGACUCCAUGAGCGAGAACAGCAGCUCUGCCAGCGGCAGGUGCCGCAGCCUCAAAACCCCAAAGAAACGACUGAAUGCAGGUUCCCAGAGGAGGAGGCUCAUUCCGGCUCUAUCCCUUGACACUGCCUCCCCAGCAAGGAAGCCAGCCAGCAGCCCCGGGGUGCGCUGGGUGGAUGGGCCGCUGCGGAGCGGGCAGAGGGGGCUGGGGGAGCCCUUUGAGAUCAAAGUCUAUGAGAUAGAUGACGUGGAGAGGCUCCAGCGACGGCGAGGUGGGGACAGCAAGGAGGUGAUAUGUUUCAAUGCCAAGCUGAAAAUCCUGGAGCAUCGCCAGCAGAGAAUCGCUGAGGUCAAGGCCAAGUAUGAGUGGUUAAUGAGAGAACUGGAGGUGACCAAACAGUACCUGAUGCUGGAUCCUAAUAAGUGGCUCAGUGAAUUUGAUCUGGAGCAGGUAUUUGAGCUGGAUUCUCUGGAAUACCUGGAGGCCCUGGAAUGUGUGACUGAGCGUUUGGAAAACCGUGUCAACUUCUGCAAGGCCCAUCUCAUGAUGAUCACCUGUUUUGACAUCACCUCCAGACGCAGAUAAAGGAUGAACCUCAAGAGAAUUUCAAUGCACAUCUCUGCCAUCCUCCUUUUCCCUUCCAAACAGCAUCCCAAAGACAAAAGAAUGAGGAUGAAGGUUGGAGUCAAGUCUCAGCUGUGUGUAUGAGAGAUUUGCUAUACUAUACAGAGGAGUAGUAUUAAAAAAACAAACAGAACAAGCAUGGAAAAUGGAGAUAGAAGGUUGUUGAUACUCUUAGCCUAAAAGAGCACUUUGUGGAACCUUUUAAGGACAUGUCUGUAAAUAAGAACUGCUGGCAGAAGACACUUCUUUCCCUGCAUUAGCUGAGGAAGGAGGAAAGGUGGUUGUGGGACUUCCAUUGAGAGGUUCAUUAAAAGAAAACCUAUCCAGAAAAACUGUUCAAGUGCCUUGCAAAUCUUUGUUAUCCAAACAUUUAUGUUCAUACUUUAUUGUGUACAGAUGGUGCUAGUCAAGAAAAGAAAAAGGAAAAAAAAAAACAAAUACACUUUUGAAAUGUAUUUACAGCUUGUUUUUCUCUUGGUGUUUUCUCCUAUUUCAGACUUGCUGUUUCUAAGUAACUUGUGUUUGUAGAGAUAUUUCCUAAUCAGUACAACAUAUGAAUAAAUGUUAACUGUCUUUUCUUGUUACCAGAGUAAGGCCACUCAAAGAGAAAUUCAGCUUUCCCAGAUGACACAAACAUAUUUCUAGCAGAGAAUAAGGUUUGUUUAAAUGCUGUUCUGUACUCUCUUAUAUGCUGGAGAACACCAUCAUUUUCCCAGCCUGUUUUGCAGUGUAUGAGAGAAGUGACAUUACUGUGAAGUAAAUAUCUUUUCAAUUUGAUCCAACCCCCAUAACUUGUUUUCUUGUUCAUAUAUGUUUUGCUUUGUACUGGCUGGAGUUAUGAAUGAGGAGGUACUUUUAUCCUAACCCCUUUUCCUAGUGCUAGUAACUUGCUGGAAAAUUGUCCUCUAGGCUAAAGGUUCCCAUGUUUAUCAGUCCAAAAAUGAGUGAUUUGUUCUUUCUUGAGACUAUGACUGAUGACAUUUAGCUUCACCUCUUUACAAUCUAUACCACUGCAAGACAUCUGAUCCCUGGCCCAGUGUGUCCACACUCACAGAUGUACCUGAGGAGUGCAGGCUCUGCUCAGCUCAGCACAUCUGGAAAUAAAGCAAAUGAGUAGAUACAGCACUUCAAGCAUGUUGGCUGUGGCAUCUUUACUAAUCCUCAGUACCUGAAGCCAUGGCAAAAUUCGCAUUGACAUCAAAAGGACAAGGGUCAGCACCUCCCUAUACAUCCAGUUAUUUUACUAGUUGGCCUCUUUAUCUACAAAACAGUUUGUGGGAAGUAACAUCCUUUGUAUUUCAUAAGCAAAUGUGCAAAACUGGAUUUUAAUUACACAUGAGCAUGAAGAAUAAUUUUGUGGAAUUAGGUUUCUUAUUCCUCUAUACUGAAAUAAGCACAUUCAGAAAAUUUCCUCUCUCACAUACAUUUGUGCUACCCUUCUAUUUCUUAUGAGGAAAUAAGACUAUCAUUUAAAUAUACUCAAAAUGCAUCAAUUAACUGCUUACCUAAGUGCAACUCUUCUUUCCCUGCACCAUUGUAUCAAUUCCAUCUUACAAUACCCCAAUGGUAAAAUAAUACUAGUUGAUUUUCUAGUGGUUAGGUGAACAGAAAGGUUUUUAAAAAAAGUAGAAGUAACAUUUGUAUAGUUUUAUUUUCUUUUAGUGCUCUACAACCUGUAAUAACAACUUUUACUCAUUCUAUUGCCUUUGUCACUGGAUUUUGUAGAAAAUUCUAUUUACAAUCUAUAGGAUUACUUGGAAAGGAAAAAGGUCCUGGAUGAAAGUCACUUUAUAGUCUGUUCCGCAGCAAUUUCCUAUCACGAAAGUUAUAUUCUAAGAAAGUAUUAAAGACAUAUCCGUUUCUCUCAGAAAAAAACCCCAACCAACUCUGAAAAUCCCCCCAAACAAUGCAAUUUAUCUGGCUUUCUUCUCUUUAUAGCAAUUUUGAUAGCAGUUACUGUGUAUUGGUUCUUUGGAGGCCAUCUCUUCUCUGCAGGGCCCCACAGACUGAGUACAGCCGCAGAGAUCCAAGGAAAUCAUCCCUGCACAGUCUAUGAGUUACACAGGAGUGGUGAUGUUUCCAUAAACCAAGUGGACAUAUUUCAGAGCAACUGUAAAAUACCUAUUGCAUGUAAUAUUCCUCACCCACAGUAACUCAAUUAUUCAUUGAUGCUCAAUUUGGUACUUCUGCAGCUUAGGAAGAAUUGCAAAAACAUUUGUACCUAGCCAUUGUUUUAAAGAGUAAGAGCAUAUGUUCACCCUGUUAAUCACAAUGGACAAAAAUUGAUCCCUGAAACCAAAUUGAUUGAUAGUGCCAGGGAUGAAUUUAGCAUACUAAAAAAUAUGUACUAAUUGAGCAGAAUUGCAGUACUUACAAAUAUUUUAUUUCUGUGGACCUAAUUAGAGUGUCCAUCAACUCCCAUAAUAUACUAGUAUUCAUGUUCUAAAAUCCAUAUGCAUUCUUGACUUUCUGUCAUUUCAUUUCAGAAUUUGCCACUAUGUUUUAAAGAAUUGUGAUGGCUUAAUACAAAAGAAAGGAUGCAAAAAUUUGUGGAGAUUUGACAUGAUAAAACAUUAUCGUCUUGAAAACAGAUUUUUACUUCAAAAUUGAUAUUACUAUAACUCAAGUAUUUGGAAAACACAUUAAGAAUUCAGGACUUUAUUAUGAAAUUAUCUCAGUUUGCAGUAGCCAGCAUUUUAGAGAAGAUGCAUAUACUUCUGCAAGUCAUCCAGGAGGCCCCAUUCUUUAAGGCAUUGCCAGCAUAGUGCUGUUUUUAUGCUGAUUUUUUAAAAGGCAUGAUGUAGCUUGAAAUACACAAGAGCAACACGAAUGUAAUGCCUAAUCAUUUUCACAUUCAGAAAUCAAUCUUAUUUCCCUGGGACAGCUUCAGCAGGAAACAGCAGUGUUAAUGUAAUUAGGUUUGAAGGUUAAUUCUUUGUUUGCAUGUGUCACAGGAGAUCGCCGCUCUUCAUUGUCAGGCUGAGAAAACUGUGGAACACCAGCACUGCUCCACAUCCCCUCCAGCACCUGGGGGCGCUUCCUGGGAACUGCUGCUCUUGCCAUAUGGGAACCUUAUCCAUACAAGGGACAGGAGUUGCUCUAGAGCCAUAAAUUCAAGUGUAACCAUAGGCUGGAGACUUUGCUGUGCUUAGGGUGAUUCAGACAUCUUUCUUGUCUGUGUUAGCUCUCCCAGCAGGGAGAAGCUGCUCUGGCUCUGGGAGCUGGGUCAAUUUGUACUCUGAAUGGUGUGGGAGAGCCGUAAUUCCUGGUACAUUUGUCACACAUCUGUUCUUUUGCCAUGCAUGCCUUGCAUUUGCCUCAAAACAAUUCCUUGUCAAGUCAUUCAGAUCUAAGUAAUCCAAAGCAUUACUUUACAGAAGGACAAAGAAGGAAACUAAUAGUUCCCUUUCUUAGGUUUUCUUCUCAUCUCACCUCCUCUGACAAAACCAAGGCACAAUUGCAUAAGGAAUCAAAAGAGUUAUUACA